AUGACGGAAGAUCCAGUCCAAGUUACCAUAGAAGCAAUUGACAAAAUCGGCUGGGGUCCCUACCAAAAUCGUUUAUUUUAUUUUGUUUUUGCCGUAAUUUUAAAUUAGUCUUAUGCUAGCAUACAAUUUUACCAGAUGUCAAUUGGUUAUUUUGGGGAGGAAUUUGGCCAUGCAUGAGACAUCUCAAAUACUCAAAAAGGAUUAAUGGGUACCUUAUUCCAGCUUGGAUCUUUAUUAGGAGCUUAUAUCUGGGGUAGUGUCUCAGACAAUUUUGGUAGAAUUUUCAGCUUAAAAAUCAAUGCGCUCUUACUUGUCUUUUCGAGUUUUAUAUGACUAUUUUCCUCAAAUUUUCCAAUGCUUUUGGUGCUGUGUUUUAUUUCAGGAGUUGGGAAUAUUGCGGAAAUUGUUAUUUUGCCUGUAGUUUUUGAAGAAUUUUGCCCAGAACAGAACUUAAACUAUAUGACAAAAUUAACAAGUGGCUGGUAUGCGGGAGGAUCAUUUUUUGCGAUUUGUGCUAUUAUUAUCUACUGAAUUAAUAGCAAUUAUUUAGCUAAUUGGCUAUUUAUGGCUGGUUUGAUAUUUUUUUAUCAAAUUCUCGUGGCCAUACCAAGACUGGAUUUAGAUGAAUGUCCAGAAUAUCAUUGCACAAAACUACAAUUUCACAAAGCUAAUGAAACUUUGCAUAAAAUAGCAAAAGAAAAUAAAUUCUCUAGCGAAUAUGAAACAAUAGAAGAAGUCAUAAAUCCUGUGCAGAAAAAAAAAGAAACCAGACUUCAUGUUAUAUUUAAUAGAGAACAUAUCAAAUCAACACUGCUUAUGUCCACAAUAUUUUUUAUGAUUCUUUUUGGAUAUUGGAGCUUUAUCUUAUUUAUGCCAAAAUUUCUUAGCCAGUACAAUUUUGUAGUAAAAUAUAUAAUAAUUUGUGUGCAACAAGGAGUAGGUAUUCCAUGCGCAUACCUUUCUGCUUAUAUGAUUGACACAAAAUUAGGAAGAAAACACACAUUAUCAAUUUCACUGCUUAUAACAGCUUUUGCAUCAUUUUUGUUUAUUUUUUCAAAAAAUUUCGUUUCGGUACUAAUAAUAUAGAUUAUCAUAGUUUCUUCUAUAUGGGCAGGCAUCAGUUCUACAGCUUAUGGAGCUUUAUUCACAAUGGCUCCAGAAUCCUUUCCUUCAGAAGUUAGAAGCACAGCUGAAGGGUUAUUUCUUUCAAGCUCAAGAGCUGCAGGAGUUAUAGCUCCAUUGAUUGCUGGCCCACUUCUAGACACAGAAGGUGGUGAAGAGCUUGCCUUUGCAAUAUUCGCAGUCGCUUUCUUAAUUGGAGCAGUCUGUGCAUUAUUUUUAAAAGAAACUAGGCCAAUAAUUACAAAAGAAGGAUUAAUUAUUAAAAAUUAG